AUGGCUCCUACACCAGCUACCAUCGAAGAAAGGCCUGUUGACUUCUCGACUGAAAUUAUUCAAAAGAACCCCAAGAAAAGAUGGGUCAGCUACAUAUGGGACACGUUCGACAAGUCGCCCGAGGAGAGAAGACUACUGUUUAAACUAGAUGCGGCUAUUCUGACAUUUGCAUCACUUGGAUAUUUCAUCAAGUAUCUCGACCAGGUCAACAUCAAUAACGCUUUUGUCUCCGGAAUGAAGGAAGAUGUGGGCUUAUACAAGAACCAGCUGAAUAUCAUGCAGGCCUGCUGGACUGUAGGAUAUGUCGUGGGAGAGAUCCCGAGUAAUAUACUCCUGACGCGCAUUCGUCCUCGAUACUGGCUUCCGACAAUGGAGUUACUAUGGACUGUUCUCACAUUUUCGUUGUCGCGGUGUAACACCGCCAAGCAAUUCUAUGUAUUGCGUUUUUUCAUCGACAUACUGACUCGAGAAGGGUUGGCAGAGAGUACAUUCUACCCCGGAAUGCAAUACCUUAUUGGGUCCUGGUAUAGAAAAGAUGAGCUCGCAAAGAGAUCCUGCAUUUUUCACACGAGCAGUGGAAUUGCGAGCAUGUUCUCGGGGUAUCUGAUGGCUGCGGUGUACAAACUAGAAGGACGAGGAGGAUUCCGAGGAUGGCAAUGGCUGUUUGUGGUAGAUGGCAUCAUCUCCUUGCCCAUCGCACUGAGCGGCUAUUUUCUUCUGCCGGAUGUGCCGGAAAUAUCAAGCCCUUGGUACUUGAGCAAACAGGAGAUCGCCCUGGCCCAAAAGCGCAUGGAAUUAGAAGGGAGGAAGAAGAGAGGGCCUUACAGCAAAGCCAAACUGAAGAAGAUUUUCUCGUCUUGGCAUAUCUACUUGCUCACCAUACUCUACAUCACGUUUAAUAACGGAGCGACUGGAGGCCAGCCGGUCUUCCAACAGUUCCUGAAGGCGUCGAAGAAUCCGAAGUAUUCGGUGACACAGAUCAAUGCAUACCCCACAACGACAAGUGCCGUGCAGGUGGUAACCACUCUGAUAUAUGCGUGGACCUCGGAUUCAAUUUUGCGAGGACGGCGUUGGCCUCCUAUUAUCUUUGGUGCAUGCGUAAACAUUAUAAGCUACGUAUCCCUGGCUGUGUGGGACAUACCAAUGGGAUGGAAGUGGACAUGCUAUAUUAUCUGCGGCGCGGGCUAUGGACUAAGUGGACUCUGCAUGGCGUGGGCUCACGAAAUCUGCUCCAGCGACAAUGAAGAGCGGGCUCUAGUCGUCGGGUCGAUGAACGAAAUGGCAUACGUGUUUCAGGCCUGGUUGCCUAUGGUCGUAUGGCAACAAGUUGAUGCUCCGGAGUACCGCAAGGGCUUCAUCACUGUCACCGUCAUGUCGGUUAUACUCAUAGCGACGACCCUGACGAUCAGGGUGCUGGAGAACCGGGAGGAUACUAAGAGGUUCGCCCUUCGUGACCUGGUUACCUGA